ACUCUUUAUUAUUAUGAUUAUGUUGUUUUCUGAUCUAAUGGUUUAUCCUUUGAAAAAAUUGUUCGGGUUUUGUUUGGGGAAGAAAAAAGAAUUGAAUCUCAAGUUUUAGUUUUGUGACAUAUCGGUCAAAGCUUUCGAUUUCUUUUCUCCCAUCUCGUAUAGGGUUUUCCUUUGUAUAUUUUUUUUUAUUGAUUUUAUAUUUGAUCCUACUAGAAAAUUAAGCAUGUACAGGCCUUAUUAUAUGUUCAAAAAGUGAUCUUUAGGUAAUCUGUUAUAUAUGAUUGUUUUUGGUGUUGGGUUUUCAUGUUAUAUGGUGAUGUUUUUAGGUGGAGUUUCUUUUUUGUUUGUUUAAUGAAAUGAAGGAGUAAAUUCAUAGGUGAAUCUAGGAUUUCUGGAACAUGGGUUCACCACUAACAAAAAGAAGGAAAAAAUAUAUUAAGCGGGAAUUAAUCCCUAGUCCCCUAGGUAAAUAAUUCAACCUUCAACCAAAAGCACCAUUUAGUCUUUUUGUAAUAUGUGUUCCAGUAGGUAGUAUUAUACUAAUUUUAGAAAAUAUAUACAUAAAAUACCAAGUUUUAUGACGAGACCAUGUGUUCACGUGCCCAAAAAAUAGUGCUUAAAAUCGCCCUUGAGUAAAUUGGUUUAAAGUUUUGAUUUUUUGCAUACUGAACUCAAGUGGUAUCUGGGUAAUUUCAUAGUUUGUAGGGGUGAUUGUUGAUGAAUUUAUUAAACAAUUGUAGAUUGUAUAUAUGGUACAGUCUUUUGCUGAAUUGUGGCAUUGAAUGUUAGUUUAUUACUUCCUCCAACCCAAUUUAUGUGGCACAGUUGGAAUUUCGAGAAUCAACCAAGUUUUUGAAUUUCUUUACAUGCCUUUUAAAUACGAUAAGCUGUUAAUUAUUGUGAUUUAUAGUAAUUUUUACGUAGUUUUCAAAUAUAUAAAUUUUAUUUCAAAAAACUUAAAGCUAAUAUGUCCAAAUUCACUGUCAAAGUUUAGAAGUUUGAAUCUCGAAAUUCCAACUGUGCCACAUAAAUUAGGACAGAGGGAGUAAUUUUUUCCCUUGGCUGAUUAUUGAGACAGGAACAUUGAGAGAGCACCAUGACCGUUUAGUCUCUUUUCUUUUGCUUUAGACUUUGUAAGGAAGUAUCUGUAUCCUUGGGCAUAUUGUGAGUAGCUAUUGGUGUGGUCUAGUUGGAGAAAAUGUUAGAACCUAGGUGUAUUUGGUUAGAGUUUCUUUCGGGUAUCUUUGUAUUGAAUUGUGCUUUGAUAACAACAACAACAACAUACUCAGUAUAAUCCUACCAGGUGGGGUCUGGGGAGGGUAGAGUGUACGCAGACCUUACCUCUACUUUUUAUGGGUAUAGAGGCUGUUUCCAAAGACCCCCGUGAAUUGUGCUUUGAUAACAUUGUAUUUCUUAUAAUGGAGAUCUAGUUGUGUGAGUUGAUAUUUUGGUGUUAUUAGAAUUUGUAAUGGAUGUUGAUCUCUCUAUACUCACCAUAAUUCCCCUCCCAAGUCCCAGGUAACCAUGCGAUCUGAGUUAGGUAAGUUAAUAGUUGGUCUAGCUAAGAGGUAUUAAGCAAUUUAAUGACCUAUAGUUGUGGCAUAGUCUUGGAUGGUCAUUCAAUCAUACAUCAAUUAUACAGGAAUAUCUGAGUUAUACCUGUGUUCUUUGCUUACAGCAAACAAGUCUCUGAAAUACUUUCAAUGGUUUUAGAUUUGUCUAGAAAUAAGUUAGUGUGUGGUUUGCGGGCUAUGGCACAGGAGCGGGGUUUAUCCUGUGCGCACCCGAGGGUAGCGGCUGCGGGUUCCCUUGCAUUAAAAAAAAAAAAAGUUUUAGUAUGAAGUUGAAACUCCUGGACAUAUUACCAGUUACAUUUCUUUUGAUAGCAACAUUCUUAUCCUGUGAGGACUAGCUAAUGAUAUCCAAUUCUACUGGAAAUUGGAGAGAAAAGGAUCGUGGAAGGCUAGCAGCUCGUCAACCAUCUCUUGUGUGGGCAGGUUUAUUGCAGAAAUGGAGUCUCCAAAAGAGACAGGUUGCCAGGCCAGAGAAGGCCCCAUCCUUUGCGUCAACAACUGUGGGUUUUUUGGUAGUGCAGCCACGAUGAAUAUGUGUUCGAAGUGCCACAAGGACAUGAUACUGAAGCAGGAACAAGCUAAACUUGCAGCUACAUCCAUCGAAAACAUUGUAAAUGGAAGCUCAAGCAAUAAUGAUAAAGAGCCUGCUGUUGCUGCUACAAUUGAUGUGCAAACCGGCUCGGCUGAAUUAAAGGUUGUCUCAAUAGAAACUUCUGCAGACUUAGCCUCAGGGCAGAGCUCAGAGAUGAAGCCAAAAGAGGGCCCAAGUCGGUGCAAUACUUGCCGCAAGCGUGUGGGUUUAACAGGUUUCAACUGCAAGUGUGGAUAUCUUUUCUGUGCAGUUCAUCGUUAUUCGGAGAAACAUGACUGCCCCUUUGAUUAUAAGAAUGCUGGUCGAGAUGCUAUAGCUAAAGCAAAUCCUGUGGUCAUGGCCGAAAAGCUUAAUAAGAUCUAGGAGCCUUUGUUGAAGGUCAAAUGAAUUGAAGCAUGAUGCAUUAGCUUUAAGCUCUGUCCAUCUCCCCUAUAAGUUUGCCACAUGUCUUAUAAGGUCUCCCUUAAAUGCAGAUGGUAUAAGGCAACAAAAGCGGAGCAUCUUUGCAAGUUCAUUUCAGCCCUGUCAAGUGCUAGAAUGACUCCUGUGUGUAAGUUUUUGUUUGUGCUGGCUUGGUGGACAUCUUCAUGCAAUUUGUAAUUUGGCCUCGUUCAUCCUGUUUCUGUGUCUUAUGUAAUGUGCUGAAUGUUAUCUAUUUUUAAUUGAAAAAAAAGGUUUCCUUUUUCUUGA